AGGCGUUGCACGCCAUCCUGUGGUUUCGUCCUUCAUAAUCCUGCAUGUUACAUACAGCUGUAGUCAGCGUGCGGUAAAUUUGGUCUCAGAGAUGCACGUUGGCUUGAAUCGAGUGCAACACAGUACUUCAUGUCCAACAGCACCAAACUACGUGUUGACGAUGAGGACAACGUCGAUAAUCUCGAUGGUCAGAAGCCGACCAUGUUUUCAUAAUCUAGAUGCGCUCAUAAAGGCUAGCAGAUGUCCUAGAUCAGUUUACUCCGUCCAAGGCUCCCGCGUCCAGUUUAUCCCAACCAUCGACGUCAUCACGUGCUGUGAAUGAACCAACCUCGUCAAAACGAAAUACGUCUUCAUCAAAUGCCGACUUCGAAGCUGACUUUGCGAAAUCGCUCGCUGAAGAAAUGGAGGCUCUUUGGCGCGGUUUUGCGCAACAAGGAGCGACUGAAGGUAUAACCCAUGAAGACGAGACCGCAGAACAACGAGAAAAGCGGGAGCAUACCCUUGCAGCAGCUUGGGAAGCCAUGCUGAUAGAAGAGAUGGAUGGCGCGACCGACCCAUCGCUCACACAGGGAGCACCUAUUGCCCCGAAAACUGGCGAAAAGGACGACUUCCAAUCACGCAUUCGGAACACUAUGAACAAGCUCAAGGAGAGCGAGUCAGGCUUGAAGUCAUCGGAUCCGAGCAGUUCUGCUCCUAGUGCUGAUUCACUCGAAGCGCUUCUAUCUCAAUUUGGAGACGAGGAUGAAGAAGAGAUGCAGGGUGUCCUAGAAGCCAUGAUGGGCCAGCUUAUGGGCAAGGAUGUCCUGUACGAGCCCUUAAAAGAACUCUCGGACAAGUUCCCGGACUACCUCAAGGCCAAUGCAGCUACACUAACGGCCGAUGAUAAGUCACGCUACGGUGCACAGAUUAUCUGCAUGAAGCAACUCCUCGAAAUUUUUGAAUCGAAAGAUUACGCUGACGACGACGACAAGACGAGACUUGAAAUCGUCGACCUCAUGGGCGAGCUUCAAAAACACGGGUCUCCCCCAGAGGAAAUCAUGGGCCCAUUGCCCCCCGGAUUGAGCAUGGGCGCUGACGGUAUGCCAAAUAUGCCAGAUAACUGUGUUAUCAGUUGAAUGCAUAUCGGCCGAGGGAAUGAAUAACUUUAAGGGAAUACCUGAGCUUG